UCACGUUGAUCAUUUGACAGCUGCUCGUCUUCACAGCGAUGGAGGAAAUCUACGCUAACGUUGAAUACGACAAGCCUCAGGUUUCCAUAAGACCUUCAACACCUGCCCCAGGUCCCAGGAGCCCAAGGAGCAGACCUCAUGGAGCUGUUGCUGUCUCUCUGGGGCUGCUCAGUGUCCUCCUGCUGGCUGGACUCGUCGGACUCGGUGUCUACUCGCAUGCAUCAGCUGCAGAACUCUCCUCCAUCAAAGCCAACCUGACGGAGCGUCUCCAGGUCAGUGGAGACAAGCUGUCCUCAGUGUCUGCAGAGAGAGACCAGCUGAAGGACAACUUCACUGCACUGAUGGACAACUUCACUGCACUGACCCAUGAGAAGGACAGACUUCAGCUGCUGUUGAAACAGAGGAAUAUGUGUCCUGAAAGAUGGAGGAGGUUCAGAUCUUCCUGUUAUCUUCUCUCUCCACGUGAUGAUUCCUGGGAAAAUGGCAGAAAGAACUGCAGAGACCAAGGAGCAGAUCUGGUGAUCAUAGACUCACUUGAAGAACAGAAAUUCCUGUCAAGCUUCACCACACGAUUUAGUUGGAUUGGUUUGAGUGACAAAGAAAUCGAGGGCACGUGGAAAUGGGUUGAUGGAACUCUGCUGACUGAGAAGUACUGGUCCACUGAGCCUGAUAACGGGGGAGGACAUCCCCAGAUUGGGGAGGAGGACUGCGCUCACCUGAAACCUCGCCUGAACGCACCAUCAAACUGGAAUGAUCUGUCAUGUGACGCUGCUCUGCAAUGGAUCUGUGAGAAACUGGCUGAAUAAUUUAAACACAUCAUCUGUAAAAUGUGAUUGUGUUUUGGCAAAAAGCCUUUAAUGGUGUCGUUGUAUGUUGCAUUUAGAGAGAGAAGGAGACCAUGUAAGUGCUGAGAGGUCAGGUAUCAGGGUCUUAUUUUAAGUCUUUAUUGUUAUGAUGCAUCUGUAGUGUGUGUGUGUGUGUGCUGGUGAUUUUGGUAUCAAAGAAACAAAGCUGCAUGUUGUACUGAAUAGAUUUUUUACAGCUUGUAGGAAACGCAAACAGGAAAGUAGCAGACCACAGCGAAUCAGGCCAACAAUCACCAAGAGUUUAUUAUCCUUCAACCAAAUCCCCCAAAACUCCAAGUGGCCAAAAAAAACUUCAGCAGUAGGCCACAGCGCAUCCUGGUGGUUCCCUCUGGGACUCUCACUGCCUCCCUGCACGGGCCCCUGGGCCACGUCUUUUUAAAGGAGCCGGCUCUGAUCGCACACCCAAUCGGGAUGGACCGUCAAUGAAGUCUUCUGCUGGGCCGUCUCACAGAAAGACAAGUUUACACAAGACACCCACAAAGGUCAGAGACGUACCAGAGCUUCACCUGGACCGCAUUCAUUAGAGCAACACAGGCGCCUUACGACACAUUCACCAAUGAACCCUGGUAUGAACAUCUCCUCAUGUCCCUCAAUAACUGCUAUAACACCAUUCACUUAACAGGUAGCAUGAUGCAGCAUGUGUACUUCUAUGUAAUGGAACUUCACCAUUCAAGGAAAUGUGGUUUGGAGGAUUUAUUGUGAUAUUUUUCUAAAAAUGUUGUCAUUAAUGUGAAAUUACAUGAAAUAAAAGUGAUUUUAUUUGCAUAUGAACUGUUGACAGGGGAAGGUUGCGACUGUAAAAGCUACAUGAUCCCUGUUUUUCCCAAUAAAGGACCUUUAAGCUUCAAUGAGACUAAUUUGUCUUCAGU